AUGCCUGGAGACAGGGAGCAGGACAUCUGCAUGAAGGCACUCUCACUGGUGGCGGACCUGUGCAGUAGUGGGAUUGUAGAAAACGAGAACUGCUUGGACUUCAUCUACUACCGGAUAGACAGAGCCAGACCUCGUCUAAAUGACUCAGAUGUUUCCGUGAGCUUGCUGUCUCUUUUGGUAACAGCCUGUGGACUCGCCCUCUUUGGUGUAUCACUUUUCGUCUCAUGGAAACUUUGUUGGAUUCCUUGGCGAGAACGUGGCUUGAAAGGAAGCAAAGAACAUGAGCACCUGAACUAUGCAGACAGUGACACGAAUGAGCAUGACUACAGUGAUAACUAUCUGGGGCAGCCCCCUCUAUUUCCAGAGUCAUCCAUGAAGAUCAGUCAUACGUCCCCCGAUAUUCCCUUGGAAGCCAAGAGCGCCAAUAAGGAAAACUGUGUUCACAAUGCUCGGAUGCAAAGGCAAAUCACAGAACCAACGUCAUCUGCUCGACACAAUUCCAUCAGAAGACAGCUGAACCUCUCGAAUCCUGACUUCAACAUCCAGCAGUUUCAGAAACAAGAACAACUGACUGGAAUUGGUCGUAUCAAACCAGAACUGUACAAACAAAGAUCAGUGGAGACCGAUGAUGUUCGGAGGAACAAUAGCAAAUCUUGUGGGAAACUCAAUUUUAUUAUUAAAUAUGACUGUGACAUGGAAAAACUUAUAGUAAAAAUUCAUAAGGCGGUUGGCCUGCCAGCAAAGGAUUUCUCGGGAACAUCAGAUCCUUAUGUGAAGAUUUAUUUGCUUCCAGAUCGAAAAACAAAACACCAGACUAAAGUCCACCGGAAGACACUGAAUCCAGUGUUUGAUGAAGUUUUUUUAUUUCCUGUCCCCUAUAAUGAGUUGCCCACCAGGAAACUCCACUUUUCUGUUUAUGAUUUUGACCGUUUCUCAAGGCAUGAUGUCAUUGGACAAAUCAUAGUGGAUAAUUUUUUAGAUUUGGCAGAUUUUCCCAGGGAAAGUAACAUUUGGAGGGACAUCGAACACGUCACCAAUGAUAAUGUUGACCUUGGUGACUUGAUGUUCUCUCUCUGCUACCUCCCCACUGCUGGAAGACUUACCAUCACUAUCAUAAAGGCAAGAAACCUUAAGGCGAUGGAUAUCACAGGGGCUUCUGAUCCCUACGUGAAGGUGUCAAUAAUGUGUGAAGGGAGGCGGCUGAAGAAAAGAAAAACAUCUACCAAGAGGAACACAUUAAACCCUGUUUAUAAUGAAGCCAUAGUAUUUGAUGUCCCGCCAGAAAAUAUCGAUCAGAUCAGUUUGUCAAUAGCAGUGAUGGAUUACGACCGUGUAGGUCACAAUGAGGUCAUUGGGGUAUGUCAAGUAGGCAACGGCGCAGAGAGCUUGGGUCGGGAGCAUUGGAGUGAAAUGCUAUCAUAUCCAAGAAAGCCCAUCGCCCACUGGCAUCCACUUGUUGAGUGGUCUGCUCAAAACGUGGCAACCGGCAAUGGAUCAUGCAAUUCUUUGAAGGGUCCACCAUCUCCGUGAACACGUUGGAGUUCAAGCUUGCAGUAUGGAAUAUUAAGGAGGCUGGCUUCACGCACUACAGGCGUCCUCUUAAGCCAGAAGAAGGAAUUUGGACACUAGAAGAUUUAAUAAGGGACAUGUAUGAAUUUGGCGCCAGGAAAAAGUUGCUAGAAGUUGCUCUAACCCAUGGCGACCACAAAGAACAUAGCAGUCAACUGUAGACACCAUAUCACAGAGCCAUGAUUUCUGCAUCUUUUCUGGGGCGCAGGUUUUCAUAGAUGUUCCUGUCUGAGUGUGCGUUCCUUGUUAUUUUUGUUCCUCCCCAUCUUUUCCUUUCCACUUAUUGAUGACAUCACUAGAUUUGGAAUGUUUUUUUAAAUGGCAUGCUGCUUAGUUCCACCUCCAUAACCUGCUCACAUCAUAGCUUUCUACAGCCCGUGUUGGUUAAUAUCAUUGGUUCGUCCACAGGUAACACUAUUCUUUCCGGUUUCUUAAUUCAGUAUUUUCUCUUCAGUAUUAUCGUUUUCAAAAUAGUAACAUUCGGAGUCCCCCCCUUGACUGAUGUUUUUGUAGUGUCACAGAAGGUUAUGUACUGAUAGGGAUGUGGACAUGCACAGUGUGGUGGGAACCAUCAAAUAGCAUUUCCUUAUUGACGUAUUGGCAUUUUAUCACUCACUUGUGGCGGCCAUGUUUGCAAAAGUGUCUACAGGAAGCUGCAGAUGACAAACUGCAUCAGCUUCUACUGUAAGACUCCAUGCACAUGGCCAUUUUAUGGCUCCAUUUUGUACAGAGCCAUAACAGGGUCUUCAUAGAGGUGCAAGGGACAUCUACGGUUCCUCUGCAUGUCUCCAAUUUCAUAUGUAGAACAACUCAGAGAUUUUUUGGCACAAAUUCGACAAUAAAUUUAUAGCGGCAUUCUCCAUCAGAUGCCAUAUACAGUACAGUAUAUGGAGUUAUAAGGAAGCAUGACUUCUAAGGAAGACUGUCUCCAUAUAUACAGCACCCAAUGGAGCCUCUCUGGCAGCACACAGGGGUUAGAGGGCUGUAAAGGGUCCAUGCACAUGGAGGUGGCCACUUUGUUGGCAGCACCCCUUUAAUAAGUCACCAUGGAUAAGAAAAAAACAAUAUAUCUAUCAGUAAAAAUAUUACCACUGAACUGGGGCUAUUCCUCUGUAUUAUUGAUAAAUGACCAUUAUCAAAUUUUGGGUGGAGACCAUCAGGAUGCAAUUAGAGUUGAAAACUGUGAUGCAGGCCCGGACGAGUAUGACUGGGCCGCUGUCAAGGCCACUGCGCUUCACAUAAUGUCAAUCCAUUAGUGAGAGAUUGCUGCAGCUCCUCUCCAGUCCUGACAAUAGCCAGGACAACUUCAGAACGUUCUGCAUGGGCGGAGCUAACAUUGCAGACUCUGUUGAUUGGUUAGUGCCCCCCUUUGUCUUCUGCCAGCUCCUGUCACACCAAUGGACUUCAUCUUGUGGUGGACAUGACAGGACGCUGAAGAGGAUCCACUGCACGAACAUAGCUGGAUCUAAUCCCUCUUGGAAGAGUACCUGUAGUCACUCCUGACAUGUCUGUUUUAACAACUACUGGCAUUACCCAUGUAAGAACAAUCCUGGAGCAACUAUGUUGCGCCAUUCCUUUAUUAUUCCUGCUAGAAGUUAUGAAUGAAUUACUAGCAGUUUGCAAUGAAGGUCCAGACGGGCGUUACCAGUUGGGCGUUGUCCCUACCCAGUGUGACACUGACAGCAAUGAUUGGAUAGACUGUGUCAAACUGUGCAGGGACACAUCCCCAACGGGUAUCACCCAUCUGGACCUUCAUUGCAAACUGCUAGUAAUUCAUGCAUAACUUCUAGCAGGAAUAAUCAAGAACUGGCACAACAUAGAGCCAUAAGAAUAGAGGCUCCAGAAUUGUUAUUACGUGGGGAAUGUAAGUAGUUACUAAAUCAUAUGUCGGGAGUGGUGAGAGGUCCUCUUUAAGUUUGUAAUUGGUUACCCCACUGAGCAGUUCUGCUCCCUUGUUAUUCUUGAAAAAAUCUCAAGAAUCUCUCGGCAUUGAAAGCUUGUCCUGGUAUACUGUGUUGUAAAUGGUGCAUGUUUCAUCCUCAUAUGAGAUAUGAAAGAAAUUUUACUGUACCGUCAAAGAUUUUCCUAAAUUUUAUAUAAAGUGUAA